AUGAUCGCAGAUAUAAUGACGAAAGGAAUCGGACGAGUACAGUUUGAUAAGUUGCGAACGAUGAUCGGAUUGAAGAACCUUACGGACUGCGAGGCAGGUACUACUUCGUCAGUCUUCAUCAAUCUUCGUGGUGUGAAACGCUGCUCGUCGUGGAUAACGCUGAUUUCCACCAGAAGAAAUUUUCAAAGAAAUGGUGUCGACAAAUUUGUAAUCGAUAUUCCACAAGAUCUAGGUCCUCUUACGCGUUUAUAUAUUGGACACGACAAUAAAGGAAAGAUUGGUCCAGGAUGGAAAUUAAAUAAGGUGGUUAUUGAAGAAAAACAAGCCAACAAGAUAUCUGAAUUUAUAGUCCACAAAUGGCUGCGUAAAAAGACUGGACAAACAACAUACGUAUCAGUAGAAAAGAAGAUAAAUGGUAAUUGUGGCAGUGUUUCUACCGUAAGAAUAGUUAAUGGGAAUGUUGCCAAAACUGGUCAGUUCCCUUGGCAGGCACAGUUAGCAAUACCGAAACAGGAUCUGUAUCAUAUAUGUGGAGGAACUUUGAUCCAUCCUUGGUUUGUGUUGACCGCAGCCCAUUGUGUUAAUAAAUACGAUAACAAAGAUAUGGUCAUUACAUUGGGAGAGCAUGAUCUAUUUAACCACGAUGGAACAGAACAGAAGUAUGGCGUAAAAGAAGUCAUCAUACACAGCGAAUUCAGCGCUGAUACUUGGGACGAGGACAUUGCCUUAAUUAAACUUGACAGACCAGCUAUGUUAACAUCAGCUGUAAAAAUUGCUUGCUUACCAUAUCAAGGUUACCACCUCCAAUCAGGAAAAACAUGCAUUAUUAGUGGCUGGGGAAAACUCAAAGGUGGAGGAAGAUAUUCCAUGAAAUUACAAUAUGCAGCCUUGCCUACAAUUGAAAACAGCGUGUGCAAAAAAGCAAUGAAGGAUAUUAAUCCAAAUGGAGGAGUUACUAACAACAUGCUUUGUGCUGGCGGGAACCAAAAAUCAGGUUGUGAGGGAGAUAGCGGUGGUCCGGUCGUGUGCAUGAAUUCUGGUGGUCAAUAUAUCUUACAGGGUGUGGUUGCGUGGGGCAGUCCUAAGUGCUCUCUCGCAAAGGACCGAUACAGCGUGUUCACACGCGUGGCUAGAUAUAUCGAUUGGAUCAACUCGUCUAUCUACUCAAAAUAUAUUCGGGCAUUUUAAUACAUUGUUUUCGUAAAUAAAAACUUUAUAAAGAUUGUAAGAUUUGCGAAUAAAUUGAUUAAAAUUAUGAGUUUA